AUGUUCACAGAUGCACAGGCGCCCAUGUCCGAAAUCACCAAGGAGCUGCUUGAACUUCUGAGCGAACGAUAUCCAGAAGGCCUCACCACAGUUGUGUCGCCGCUCAAGACUAUGGCAAUCCCUGCAAAUCCCAAACUGGCCUAUGGAGUUCUCAACGUGCCCAACGACCCCUCCAGGGGAUGGAAAAGAAUCAAGACAGGCGAGGACGAAAGCAGCACCCCAACUGCAUGUGGGUUAAAGAACAACAGCAUCGUGGCAUUCACCUUUGUGUCGGGCCUCGAAGACGAGGAUGUGUUGUUUGAGGUGGAAUGGCCCAAGGACGACGACGAAAUGUACGACCAAGCAGGGUGA